AUGUUGUUGAAAAAUUAUGACAAAAAUAUUCGACCGCCUCCAAGUGAUCGAAAUGGUAUGUUACAGUAUUUACAAUUAUUAUUAUUAUUAUUUUUUUUUGAGUUUUUUUAAUAAUACGAUUUUUUUUAGCGAAAGAAGGCCCUGUCUUGGUGAAAGUGAACAUGUUGAUCAGAAUGUUGAGCAAAAUCGAUGUGGUAAACAUGGUAAAAAUUUAUAAUUUUUAAAAUACGAUGCUCUCUGUAUAUUCUCACUGAAAAAAUACAAUUUACACAACGAAUUUUUUAGGAAUAUAACAUGCAAAUUACGCUGCGUGAACAAUGGCCGGAUCAUCGUUUGGCCUACGAGAAAUUCAACAAUAUAUCUUAUAAACCCAAAUUCUUGACGGUACCCUAUGCCGCAAAACACAUUUGGAUGCCCGAUUCUUUCUUUCCGGUAAGAUAUAUAAAAAUAUUUUGAUUACAAUAUAAUUUUUUUGUUUUUUUAGACCGAAAAAAAUGCCCAUCGUCAUCUAAUCGACACGGAGAACAUGUUUAUACGGAUUUACCCGGACGGGACGGUCCUUUAUAGUGUCAGAUUAUCAUUAACUUGCUCUUGUCCCAUGUAUUUGGCGGUAAGUUGGUCUAAAAAAAAAUACAAGUAUUCAUAAGGUUUUUGGUUUCUUUUUUGUUUUGCUCCGAUUGACUUGAUUUUUGGCAUGAGGGUUGCUUAAGACUGUCUCAUCAUAAAUUUGAAAAAAAAUUUCGAAAUUUUCAAUUUUGAGUGACCUAUGACGUCACGAAAAGUCAAAACUUUGAGCUACCAUAUCUCGCUUUGUUUUAUAGGUAUCGACUUGAAUUUUGGUUUCGUCGCGUAUGGUACAUAAUGGGACAAUCACUGUCGAGAUUUUUUCGAAAUUUCAAAAUUUACGAAAAAAAUCUCAAAAAAUGACCUUUUUUCGUAAACGUUCGACGCGUCCAGCUUUAUUGAAAUGCAAGCUUCUACAGGUCCAUAUCGGAAAAGCAAAUUCAUAACUAAGAGAUAUCUCAAUGUAUGUGUAGAUACGGCCAUGUACAAAGUUACACUUCCAGAAAACCCCGUCAUGAUGACGGAUUUUCUGGAUUUUUUCGAUUCCAUUGAAUUCUACGUACCAAACUUCCUAUUAGGUUGUGUCUUUCUUUUUUGUAGUGCACUUCGUAUUUUAGCCAUGGCUUACUGUAAAAAAUACGAUUUGCACAGUGCAAAGUUCGACAAAAUGGUUCUCGGCUCCCAGGUCGAAAUUCAAAAAAAUCACUCGCAAAUCUUAUUUUUUUUGCCCGAAGAUUGUCCCCAAACUUUUUCAGAACAUUCUACGUAGCCAUCUCCUCAAACAAAUCUCCCGACGGAAAACGCAAUUUUUCGAAAUUUUCAAAAUUUUGACUUUUUCAAAUUUUUCUCCCUGAUGAACAACAACGACGUCAAAAACGUCUAACUAUGGUUUGUAGAGCUCAAAGAGCUCUACACAUUACCCGCUUACAUCUUCAGCGUAUCUUUAAAAUUACGGUCGUCAGAGCGGCCGGAAAUUUCGGUCGAUUUUUGGUGCACUGUGCGAAAAACAUUGCCCUCAGGGCAAUAAGUGAGGUGGAGAAAAUUGAUCUCACGGGUACUAUAGGACACAAAAUGAGCUACCAUCGUGUCAAGUUUUAGCUUUCUAUCUCCAAUAUUCCGUGCGCACUGUGGCUCAGAAAAAAAAAUUCGAAAUUUUGGCCGAAUUUCGGCCCUGAGGGCUUGAAACGGAUUUUUUUCGGAUUUUUAUUGCCACUAUCGUAUUCAGCAUAGCAAACUGAUGUAGAAACAGGUAUCGAUUCCUAAAAUACGGACAAGGUGAAAAGGCAGUGUUUAGAUUUCCGAAUUUUUGGAUUUUACUUACUUUGACGAAAGUUACCAUAGCUCGGAAACAAGGUCGAAAUUCAAAAAUCGCCUCGGUUAAAUGAUAGCGAGUCGCAGUAUCACUCUACAACCGGAAUAUAGGAGAUGUACAAACAAGUUAUGAACGCAAAUCGUGUGAACCCCGGAGGCACCCAAAAGUCAAAAUUUUGUAAACCCGAUUUUUCUCUAAAAUUUCCAACUAAAAUUCGUCUAAAAGUUACAUAUUCGGAAUCUCCAUGUCAUUUCGGACAUGGUCGUAUCUUUUCCCCCGGUGCUUUUAGUGCAACAAGUGCCAGUUUUGAAAAAACGCCCACUUCCAUGACCGAAAACACAAGAAAAGAGCGCGGCGAAGAGAGAGAGCGGGCAGAGAACCGCUUCCUUCUUCGUUUGGCGGGAGAAAAGAGAGAGUGAGAAAGGUGUGGAGGGUGGUUAGACAAAGGUUUUCCCUUUUGAUCCGGGUCAGAGAUAAGACGGAGAGAGUGCUGAGUGUGAAGAGGGUGGUACGGAAACUGUCAUCGUGACGCGUAAUGACGGGGAUUUCUGGAUUUUUUCGAGAAAUUUUUGUAAAACUAUUUUUUUGUUCCUGGAUUCUCGGGAUUUGGCCGUUUUAGGGCCAAAUUUGACGGGGAGUUCGGGAAAAAUAUUAUCUAAGGAUACUUUUGAGUGCUGAGUCCUUUUUUUAGUUGAUUUUUGCUUAUUUUAUGUGAUUUUGAUCAGCUUUUGGUGGAAGAAAAAUUAUUUUAGGUAACAAAAUGUAGUCUCGUGGCGGCCGUAGGCCGUCGCCUCAUGCCGGCGGGCUCUUUAGUCGAGCUUAGCGAUCUGGAACUGACCUGAGCUUAGCGAUUAGGGUAAGCUUAACAAUCUUAACUUCUCGAUCUAAAACAAAGUCGGCAUAGCGUUUUGAGCGCUGCAGCUUUCCACUAGGCUCAGUCUAACGCGUAGCGUUUUUCUGCCGCGGCCGGAGGACGUCGGCAAAGCUUUGGCGAGCGUUUCUUCCACAUAGGCGGAUUUACGUUGGUUUUCGACGUUGAACAGGUCCAAAUCGCGCGCAAAGUUGCCUUUAUCCGCAGAGCUGCCCGAGAGACGGUAGCAGCCGCAGGCUGCGUUAGUCUCGAGCCCUAGUCGAAUUGAAUUUAUUCGAAAUAACCUUUUUACGGAAUUUACAUCGAGGAACUUUUUCGCAAAAAUUUCCUUCAAAAACAAUCAAAAACAUCCUUUUGAAAAUCCAAAAACUUUUAUUUAUUUCUCUUCAACGAAACGAGAAACAAACGAAAGAAAGGGUAAAAAAUAAAUGCACGGCGAGACGUCGGCUGAGUGGUCUAGUGGUAUGAUUCUCGCUUAGGGUGCGAGAGGUCCCGGGAUCGAUCCCCGGCUCAGCCCCAAAUUUUUGUUUUUGAUGUUUGGGUUACUGUAAGAUAGAAGUUUGAAGAAUUGUGUGGCUUUUGCAGUAUUUUAAAACAAAUAUUUCUCAGUUUUUUAUAGUUUUAAACUUUGUUGAUUAUUUUAUUUAUAGUAUGAUUUUUUCAGUUAUAUCCCCUUGAUGUCCAGCAUUGUGAUUUUGAUUUGAUCAGUUAUGCAUUUACAACCAAGGAUAUUGUCUACGAAUGGGAUACCUCGGGAGAUCCGGUUCAAAAGAAAGCUGGAGUUGGCACCGAUCUUCCGAAUUUCCAUUUGGCUAAUAUCGAUACCGGAAUUGAAUGCACCAGUCAUACUAAUACUGGUGAGAAUUUUUCAUAAAAUUUAUUUAGCAACUAAACCGAGUCAACCCACGUUUUACCGUUUUUCAAAGUAUAUUUGGCCAUUUUCAGGGACCUACGGUUGUCUCCGGAUGAGAUUGAAGUUGACCCGUCUACUACAAUAUUUUGUGUUACAACUCUAUGUGCCGACUGGAAUGAUUGUGAUUGUCAGUUGGAUGAGUUUCUGGAUUGACAGCAGCUCGACUGCGGGCAGGGUAGCCCUGGCUGUGACCACUCUUUUGACUUCUUUUACCAUGCAAACCUCAAUUAAUGCUAAACUGCCUCCAGUAAAUUAUGUAAAAGUAAUCGACGUCUGGCUGGGAAGUAAGUUUUUUGAUAGCAGAUGAAAGCAGAAACUAUUUGAGCGACAAGUUAAAAGUCUAGCAAUAUUUUUUCGGAUAAAUACAGUAAUCGUAAAAUUUGAACCUAAAGUAAUAUAAAUGAUGUUCACAAAUCUAAUACGUUCUGUUUUCAGCCUGCCAGACCUUUGUAUUCUUGUAAGUUUAACUUUUUUUCGUAAUUUCUAAGUAGUUUUGCUACUACCAAGAAAAAAAAAUUACAUUAGAGCUACUCUAAUCUUCUUCUUUUAGCGCUCUCAUCGAAUACGCAGUGGUUUGUUACAAAGAAACCAAUAUUCAAAAUGAAAAAGCGGCCGAGAUGAAGUUGCGUAAGAAACAACAAAGACCCAAGGAGCUGGGGGCAUUCGAAAGCGGGGAUCCGAGAUUACCUUGUACUUGUGGGGUAAGUCAGCAAAAUCUUUUAAACAUUUAGGAGGAGAUAUGGAAUUCGUAUUUUACAAACAAAAAUUUAGUGUAUCCCGUAAUAGCUAUCAUCAAAAAUAAAGUUUCAAAAUCUAUUGUCAAACUCUGAGAUGAGUAUUUUCACCGAGCAAUUAUAAUAGCGAGGUGACAUGAAGUUCCGUGUUUUACAAACAAAAAUCUAGUAUACAUAUUCCGUAAAAGGUGUCAUCAAAAAUAAAGUUUCAAAAUCUAUUGUCAGGAUCUGAGUAUUUUUCCCCAGCGCUUCUGAUUGCGCGGUGACAUGAAGUUUCAUAUUUUACAAACAAAAAUUUAGUAUAUCCCGUAAAAGGUGCCAUCAAAAAUAAAGUUUCAAAAUCAGGAAAAAGCCGGUUUUCCCAAUUUAUUCGAGCCUUCAUUUCACAGCGGUUUCUGCAAAGCGCGCACUAAAAAUUUCUCGUAAGUCUUCGAACCCCUUAACGUCAAUAUACGAUAACUAUAAUAUAAAUAUUAUCAAAAUCUGAGUAUUUUACCCGAGAAAUUAUGAUUGCGCGGUGACAUGAAGUUUCGUAUUUUACCAACAAAAACCAGCAAUUUUACAAAUUUAGUUUAGAGUUUGAUUCCCGGAUCUAAUUCUAGGCAAUGGACACGAGCCAAUCCAUUUUCGCUUCCCUCGGCGCCUUCAGUCCCGUUCUUUCGACCAUGGUCCCUUUAUCCGCCGGAAUCCUAACUGGAAGCAUGGCCGAGAACAUGGUUGCGAGUGAUUGUUGUGGUCGGAUGAGACCCGCCUUUGCCUACCGAACCCCCAUGAAUCUCUCUUCCCGGUCGUUUUGGCAGAUGCUCAAGAAUAAAUUCAAAAAACCCGACUAUCUCCCGGCCCGGAUUGAUUACUACGCCCGGGUUUAUGUCCUCCUUUUCUUCGCCGUCUUCAAUGUGUUGUAUUGGACUGUCUGUCUUUAUAUGGCCGCCAAUUGGGAGCAUCCAACCAAAUGA